CUCGACGAGCUCGAGAAGGAAGUGGCCAUCAUGGCGAGGCUGCGCCACCCGAACAUCGUGCUCCUUCUCGGCGCGGUUCGGUCGCCUCCAUCGAUUGUGGAGGAAUUUUGCGCGCGUGGUUCGCUCUUCUCCGUGCUGCAGCGGCACACGAAACCGGGUGUUCCUCCUCUCGAGUGGCGCGUGCGCCUUCAGAUGGCGCUCGGAGCGGCGGCUGGGAUGUGCUACUUGCAUAACUGCUCUCCACCCAUCAUUCAUCGCGACCUGAAGUCGCCCAACCUGAUGGUUGAUCGUUACUUCAGGGUCAAGGUUGGCGAUUUUAACCUCAGCCGCGUCGCGGUGGCAUCCGUUCGAGAUUCGAAGGGCACGGGCGGACAUUCCGCCGCUUACAGCACUGGAGGCUUGCAUUCGCCGAGGUGGAUGGCGCCGGAGGUUUUGCAGAACGCGACGUACUCGAGAGCUUCGGACGUGUACUCGUUCGCUGUGGUGA